AUGCGGGACGUGGCCUUGUACUGCACGAACCUGGGCGCCAAACGGGCCAAAAACGGCCAAAAACGGCCAAAAACGGCCAAAAACGGCCAAAAACGGCCAAAAUCAGACAAAACGGGCCAAAAACGGCCAAAACCGGCCAAAAUGAGACAAAACCAGACAAAAACCGGCCAAAAACGGCCAAAAACGGCCAAAAUCGGCCAAAAUGAGACAAAACCGCAAAACCCCCCCCAGCGGCUGGCCCACGAGUGCCUGGCGCAGAGCUUCGACAGCGCCAAGCACGCCCCCGCGCUGGUGCCCGCGGCCCCCAAGGGCGAGGGGGGUCCCGGGGGGGGCUCGGAGAGCCUGCCCUACACGCAGUACCUGCCCCUGAUCAAGGCCCAGAUCGCCGGCGCCAAGGACAUCCACAACGCCCUGCUGGAGGGCACCAACAAGAUCACGGGCAAGCUGCCCCCCCCGGGGGGGCCCUGACGGAGUCUGGGGGUCCUGGCUGGAUUUUUGGGGGGUCCUGAUGGGGUUUAGCGGGGUCCUGAUGAAGUUUGGGGGGCCCUGACCAGAUUUUGGGGGGUCCUGAUGCAGUUUGGGGGGUCCUGAUGGGAUUUUGGGGGUCCUGAUGAGAUUUUGGGGAUCCUGAUGGGUUCUGAGGGGACCAAGACCCCCGGGACCCCCCCCGAGCGGUGCAGGGUGGUGGGAGAGGGGGGUUGGGCUGCUUUUGGGGGGGGGUCUGGGGCGUUUUGGGCCCCCCAAAUCCGGGUUCGGCAGUUUUGGGGUUAAACGUUGGAGUUUUUGUUAAAUAAAGCCGAGUUUUGUUCUGUGA